AAGUGAGCGUUUAAUGGGAGUAUCGACCGCGCCCGUGAAAUGAAAUUUAAAGGGGGGGGGAAAAAAUGAGGGAAUAAACGUAUACUUUGGGGAAGUUGAAUUGAACUGAAUGAAUGGAGACUCUCUUCUUUCCGCAGCCAGAACACUACUACACUCUUAACUCUUUUAUCUUUUAUGCCAGUGCCGCCAUAAUACUUGUUUUAUUUCGGAAUUGCAUUGCUUACCAACAUACCAAAUCUCAAUUACAAAACUGGCACUGUUAAACCGUAAAUAACACCGACUAAUGCCAGAUGCAAGGCAUUAGAUAGCGAAAUAAUCGGAACCAAGAAAUCAAAAGAACCCAAAUUAAAGCCAAAUAUAACCCAAAAAGAGUUGAAAUUUCACCCGAAAUUAGCCCAAAAAGGUAUUUGCAAUGUCACUUCACAGCAUCAAAGAGUUAUAAACCGCUUGUCUAUAAUUUUAUUCAGACUAAGAGAUUUACUCAAACUCGGGUUCAAAUUCAACUUUUAUCUUUUGAUUUAAUCGGUCCUCGAUCAUUAUAAAACCUUAAUGGUCGCGCUUAACAUAUUAUAAAUCAUUCUCAACAUUAUAAAGGCGAGGCUGAACAUCUAACUCUGAUUUAUAAUCGAUUUCUUGCUUUAUCUCAUCUCAUUAUCAAUAAAACGUUCAAUUUUGUCGCUAAAACCAUUGAUCAUUUCCGGGACCUUGAAGAUAAAUGUCUUUAAAUUAGCCUUUUUGUUAUUGUUUUCCUUGAUUUUGUUUGUAUCCGCUACAUUUCUUUUUGUUAAAGCUAGAAAGGUCCAAAUUUUAGUUUGAGAUCAUUACAUACACUGACUCUUGGAAUUGAUCGACUGAAGGUUUCUAUGAACACAAACACGACAGAGGAAAAAAAGAAUAUCUUCAAAGACUGCAAAAAAAACGAAGUACAAAUUUACCGACAAAGUUCAAAGAAAUAGCUUUCGAAUUUAUAGCUACUUGUCAGUUUUAUAACUUUUGGCGCGUCGAUAAAAUUUAAUUAAUUGUUAAAUUUUUGCUGAUUUAACUGAAGAUUCAAUAGGCAAGAAAAUUUGUUUUCAGUUUUCUGGUCGCCAGUUUUUAUUACUCUUGUUUAAUAAUAUUAAAUUGUAUUAUUUUUUGGUUCAUUAUUUUCGCUUGGUUACCUGUAAUUCGAUAGCAAAAAAGUUGGAAAAAAAUUACAAAAGCAGACCUAAUUCCUAAGCAGGUCUUAUUUCCGAGACCAAAGAAAUAAGUUCCAUAAAACUUGAUUGAUUGCUCUUGAAAAAGUAUUUAGUUACGCAAAAAAGUUACCUCUUGCUCUCUGUAAUCUUAUCUUACAACAUUACCGGUGCAACAAAAUUCAACCUGCUUAUUUGACAAAAAAAAUCCCAGAUUUAGUUAGUAUUGCGCAGCUAUUUUGCCAACUAUUUUGUCAGCUAUUUUGACCAAAAUUGAAUUGCAGCUAACUGAAUCAAAGAGCAGUUCAUAGAAUUUUCAUUCGCUUUUUGAAGGGAGCUCAGAAAUAAGGAAAACAGAAAAAUUGAGCCGGCUUUUUACUGAUUUUUUACCGGUCUUCUCAAAUCCAGUGUUUCUUUUCUUCUGCUAUUACCCAGCAUUAUUCUGAAUUAUUCCACAGAUUAAUAUACUUUUCUUUCCCGUUCGCUCCUUCAUCAGAAUUUUACCCUUUCUUACAUUCUUACCCCCGGGAAAACUUUUAACCCUUUUAUCAAAAAGACAAAACUGUUAUUUUCAAACCCUUUUAUUUUGCUAAAUACCUCUAAAAAUUACUUCUGCUUUAGAGACGAGACGAAAAUUCCCAAUCAUUUCUAUAGUUACAGUAAAAUUUAUACACUUGUUUGCUUCAAAAAGUACCUUAUUUACUUCGAAAAAGUUGGAGACAUUUUUUCUGGUAAAAUUAAAUCAAUUUCCGCAUAAAACUUGCGAACUUAUAUAAUAGAAAUGUUUUCCAAACGGAUUGUGAUUUCUUAUUUUCUGGUUAUAUUUUUGGUUAUAAGUAACACUAACAAUGCGCUGGGCGAGGGAGAAGAACGGUGUGAAAUUACCAACAAUAGAAAACUGCAAUACAGCGGAGGAGAAUCGGAGGACACGGCUUGUCGCAGGGUGAUGGGACCUUUGUUUAACAAUAGUAUCAUUCAAAGAAACGGUGAGAAUCGACCAUAUCCUCUCGUUGCGGAGUUCGGUACCAUAGCUGAUCAGCUGGUCGAACUGGCAGCUCAUUCGUGCAAUCCGGAAUUGGAGAUGUGUGUUACAAAGAUGCUGCACGUUGGAUGUGGUUUACAAUAUGAGAUUUGUCUUGCUAGAGACUCUAGUCAUCCAGAGAGACAAUCUCCGAGUAAACUAUGCCAGGAGUUUUGCUACUCUGCCAAGACUUGUAUUGAGAAAUACCCUGAAAUUAAACUAAUAGUAUCGUCUACGACUCUGGGCUACAAAUAUAUUGACGAACUGAUCCCGACACGAUGUGCUAUCGAUGACGAAUUACAUUACUGCCGCUUUAACGAACACGAGUACGAUGCAAAUGAUUUGAACGAACACAUACUGCAGGUAUUAAACCCGAAAGCUCUUUAUAAACAAUGGGGAGUCCAAGAAUGUUGUGCCUGGGCUCCCGACUCUUCGGGAGAAUUUUGCUGCAACGAAGAGAAUUUCUACGAAGUUUCAGAAGCAAAAAACUGCGUCUUAAAAUGCCCAAAUAACAAUCUUUACACCGAAACCGAAAAGCUUCUAGCUUUCAACUGGAUUAUAAUCUGCGCAACUGUUUGCGCGGUGUCAUCAGCCAUUACAGUUUUAACUUACUUUGCCGAUGUUUCAAGAUUUGCCUACCCUGAAAAACCCAUAAUAUGUCACUCUGUGUGUUGUUUUUUCUACGCCUGUGGCCAUUUUUUCCGAAUAUUCACAGGCGUCGAGGGCGUAGCUUGUACUACAAUACGCGAAGGACGGGUGUACUUGCAAGAGGGUUUGAACGGCGAAUUCAUGUGUACCGUUUCCUUUCUUAUCAUCUACUACUCUCAAAUGGCUUUGCACGUUUGGUGGGUUGUUCUGGCUAUUUCCUGGUUCUUAACAGCUGUUAAAGGAUGGAGCCAGGAAGCUCUGGAAGCGAUUAGUAUUUGGUUCCAUGUCUCGGCGUGGGCCAUCCCCACCGUGCAAACUGUGAUAACCCUGGCGACAAAAAGAUUCGAAGGCGACCCUUUAACUGGUCUUUGUGUCAUAGGCUCUCAAACCGCAGUCAACUUGUUAAUUUUUAUUAUAGUCCCCAUAACUAUCUGCGCUGUACUUGGGUUAUUACUCAUAACUUACGGAUUCGUUUCCGUGUUCCAAGUUCGAAAGCGACUUAGAACGACUAAGAUUGACGCUAAUUUGUCGGGCGUGGAUACGAAACGAUUCGACAAGCUGAUGAUUCGGAUGACAGUUUUCACAAUUUCGUAUAUAGUUCCGACCGCGGCUUACUUGGCUUUGACAACUUACGAGUUCCUUCAAAUUCCGAGCUGGUAUGAGAGUCUAAAUUCGAAUCAAACGCCGUUCGGAUUAGCCCCAGAAGAGACCAAAGCGAAUGUACCCAAAAUUUACCUAACUCUGAUUAAAAUUUUCAACCCUUUCGUUCUGUGCAUUGGAACUUGCUUCUGGAUUCUGAACUGCAAAACCCUCAAAUUGUGGUCACGUGUUAUUUUCAGGUGUUGCCACACCCCCUAUGAUUACAACAAAACACCUGUCAGUGUCGUGCAUUAUACACAGUCGAACAAUAACCUUAUUGUUCCCGCAAAUCAGUACAGAGUACCGCCCGGAAACAACAACAACAACAAUAAUUCGAGCCCCACACCCCAAAAUAAAAAUGGGAAAAAAUCUCCCAACGGACAGCAAAACAUGCAAGGGUACAACAGUGGAAUUAAUCAAACCCCAGCGUCGCCUACACGUUACGACAUGGGCAAAGUGUAAUUGAACAGAUCGAAAAUUUGGGUUAAAUAAACUUAAAAUGUAUAUUUUACAUUUCAAUUUUACUCCAAUUGAUCGAAAUGUUGAAAAGAGUUAGAACGCCAAGAUAUGUUUUGGAUUGGAAAAGUAACUUGUUUGGCGAAAAAAAACUGCGGAAAACUUUGCAACUUCAUUAGUUUUAAUAGCUUUAUUUUUCGUCUGAAAAAUUAAAAAAUAAUUUUAAACGAAAUCGCUGUUUAUUAAAUGACAAAGGUGCAGCGUAACUUUAACUUCAUCAGAUUUUGAUGCGCUUAUUGUUUAUUUGUUAUUUACGACUAUGAUGAUAAUUUAAUAAAUUGGUGUGAUAGCUUUAAACGAACUGCCGAUUUGACUGUUAAAAUUGGUUUAAGAGGUUUCUUCUUGUUUUGAUAGCAAAUGAUUUCAACUAGU